AGUAAUUUACUUUGCAAACUGAUCAUUCCCAGAAGUUACAAACCUAGCGACUAGUUUGGAAAACCCGUAAAUAACUGUCCGUGAAGAAGUGUAAUGAGAAUUAUUUAUUUUUGUGUUCCUAGAAUUAUAUUCAUGCGUCAGCUGAUCUUUCGUUAAAACUCGUCAGCUACCACGGCCCAGCUGAUUCUCUAUUGUUUACAGAGUUGAGAAGUCACGGUGACUUGGAGCGGUGCCAGCGGCUGCGACUUCAGACCUCUUGCCAGUCUGAGUCCUGUCAUUUGAUUUUCCUUGUUCAGUUCUAGUCGACUCUCAUCUUCAAAAUGUACAACAGGAGGAUGUGGUCUAUGCCACUGUGUCUGUUACUGGUGCUAGGGAUACACUUCUCCACCCAGGACAUGGUUACUCUGGCUCCCAGUGAAGGUGAGGCCGAGGUUCCAGAACCUGACUCAACAACCCCAAAGCUGAAAGUGAAGCCAAUCAUCCGCUCAUUGCAUAUCACAUCCGAUAUCAAGUAUCGUUACGCCACAACUCUGGUCUCCAGCAGGGUUGUCAACCCCUCAGAUCAGGCUGGUGAAGCAGUCUUCUACGUCACCCUGCCUGAGUCAGCGUUCAUCUCAGAGUUUCUCAUGGAAGUCAAGGACAAAGUGUACAAGGCCUAUGUGAAGGAGAAGGAGGAAGCCAAAGCUGUAUAUGACCAGGCCGUUCAAGCAGGCCAGUUUGCAGGACAUGUAGCUCUGGAUGCCAGAGACUCAAACCAAUUUUCGGUGUCUGUGAAUAUCGAAGCUCAUGGAAAAGUAACUUUCAACCUGACCUAUGAACAGCUGUUGUCCAGAAAUCUGGGAGUUUAUACAAACACUAUUAACAUCAACCCUUCACAGAUCGUAGAGGACAUGUCUGUAACAGUUAACAUUGAAGAGCCCACAGCUAUCAAGGACUUGGAAGUGCCUGAACUUCAAAUUUCCAACGAAGUUGUGGUCGAUAAACCAAACUCCCUUGCAAAAAUAGAAGAAAAGAGUCCUACCCACAAAGUAGUUGUCUGGGCGCCAACUCCAGAAGAACAGAAAAGUCAAAACGCCACAGGACUCAGUGGUCAGUUUGUUGUCAAGUAUGAUGUGGACCGAGAAAGCAACCCGCAGCAGAUAUUGGUGGACGAGGGCUACUUUGUUCAUUUCUUUGCGCCUGAGGAUCUGCCCCAGCUGAAGAAGCACAUUGUGUUUGUUUUGGACUAUAGUGGCUCUAUGGGUGGUAGAAAAUUGGAACAGCUUAAGGAAGCAAUGGAUAAAAUCUUAUCUGAUCUCAGCCCUAAGGACCACUUCAGCAUUGUUGUUUUCCAGAGUUAUGUAGAGGCCUGGUCUCCAACAGCAAUGUACAGUUCAGCAACUGAACACUUGUCCAGAUGGGAUAUAGAAGCAAAGCCUGAGAUUAUCCGUAAUACCACCUUAGAUAAAAGAUUUGUCAUUGAGGCUACACCUGAAAAUAUAGCGUCAGCUCGUGCUUAUCUGGGGAACUAUUCUGACCUUGGAGCAACAAACAUAAUGGGAGGACUGAGGACGGGACUUGAACUGGUUUCUAUCGGCUCUGAUUUGUGGAGCAAUGAGAGUGACCCACCCCAACCUGUUGUUGUCUUCUUGACAGACGGAGAACCAAAUGUCGAAGAGUACAACACAGAUGCUAUUAUCAACAAGACUAAGCCUCUCAACACCAAGGACUGUCCCAUCUUCAGCUUGGCCUUCGGGUAUGGUGCAGAUUUCAAUUUCCUACGUAAGCUGUCAUUGUCAAAUUAUGGUUUUGCCCGAAACAUAUAUGAGGCAGCGGAUGCUACUGACCAACUGAAGAACUUCUAUAAAACCAUUUCCUCGCCUCUGCUUUCCAAUGUGACCUUCACUUACUUGCCUGGACAGGUUGACAACUCUUCAAGGACUAAAAUUGAUUUUCCUGUAUUCUUCAAUGGCUCUGAACUUGUGGUUGCAGGAAAAAUAAACAACAAUGAAAUAAAGGAGAAAGAAACAAUUGGAGAACUCAGUGGUCUCACUGCAAAUGGGUUCCACAGAUAUCCGAUAAUUAUCGAUUUUAUUCCUAUAAUUGUGAAACCAAAAAACAGAACUUUUGGACACCUGGAAAAGACGUGGGCUUAUUUGACAAUCCAGCAACUUUUGGACAAGGCCGACUCAUUGGAUAAAACUGAAGAGAGAAACCAAACAAAAGAAAAAGCUCUUAACCUAGCUUUACAGUACUCUUUUGUGACUCCGCUCACUUCUCUUGUUGUCGUCAAGCCGAACGAAACUGAGUCUGCUGUGGACACGACACAAGUGAAACCUGGUUCAAAUGACAUGUUGGGAUAUGCUCCAGUAGGAGUAGCAGCUUUUGGUGCUUCACCAGGAGGCUUUGGUGGUUCAGCAGGAGGCCUCAGUUCUUCAUCAGGAAGCAGUGCUAAUUGGCCCCAGUACUCAUUGGCUUACACGCCUAUGCCUGCAUAUGCCCCACAGAUGCAAAGAAGAAUAUUCAGUCCCACUAGAUUCCCUGGUAUCGACUUACGUAGUGGUUCCUUUGACCGAGACAAGCCACAAAGUACGCCCUAUUACCCCCCAGCUCUCCCAGCUAUGGUAGGUGAAAGUGCUGAUGUUGAUAUGGGGAGUAUGAAUAAAGAGGCUGAACUGUCAACAGUUGUAGCUGAGCCACUGCAUACCACAAAGAUCACCUUGGACGAAGUUGAGUGGCUUCAUCCUCUCCUAAUGAAUUCUACAGACUCCAGCAUUAUCCCAGUGACAGUAGAUGGCAAACAGUACAACCUCGGAUUGAACCAGACUGAUGUAUCUUUUGGAGCGUGUCAAGUGAAUGGUGAGACUGGAGAGUGUCACCACAUCCAGUAUUGUGCUCUUAAAGUCUUCCAGGUUGAUGUCUUGUUCUAUCUGCCAUACCAGUGUCCCAUCACUGGAGAAUUCUUGGGAGUAUGCUGUCCGAAAGUGACUAGCUGAAAAGUGACUCAUUCAGUUUGGUGAUCAUCAGAAUUUUUUAUCAUUAUAUAUCUGUAAUUGUCUGGCAAUUUUAACAUGUGAUUACUAAUAAAGUAAGUUUUACUUGUUUUUA